AUGACAUCAAAUCCUAACCGGCCAGAAAUAAAACAGGCAUUGCAAAUACAUUUAGAGAAUAAAACAGUCUCGCAACAGCUUCCACAAGAUCGUCCAUAUAUCGUGGCUCGAGUCGCUAAGUUAAAAUUUGACCAAAUAUUAGAAGAUUUAGAUAAAAAGCAAGUCUUUGGAAAGGUAUCGGCUUUUGUAUACGCCAUAGAAUGUCAGAAACGUGGGUUACCACACAUGCACCUGCUUAUAAUUAUGACACCCGGUGACAAGAUUCAUCAAGCAGAAGAGCUCGAUGACUUGAUUUCAUCCGAAAUACCCCAACAUGAUGACUUAGAGUUAAGAGAAUUAGUACUCAAAUGGAUGAUUCACAACCCAUGUGGUGAUUUAAAUACCAAUGCAAUAUGUAUGGUUCACAAAAAUGGAAGAACAAAAUGUCGAUUUGACUUUCCAAAAUCGUACCAGGAAGUUACAUCUUUAGUAGAUGAUGGUAAACCAAAUUACCGACGACGCUACAAUCCGCAGUUGGACCCUAAUAGUCCCCAAUUUUCACACGAACAUGCAGUUUAUCGCAAAAACAUAAACGGUCGUCGUAUAACACGAGAUAAUCGUCAUGUAGCCCCCUACAACGCAAAAAUUUAA